AUGAUCACGACCGUAACCCCCUUCGCCCCAAAUGCGACGGGGUGUUUAUCCGCGGUUCAAGGGCAGCAGAUUGCGGUCGCUUCAUACAUCAAUCCACUAAGUGACCCGGCUGCCUGGGAUCGGCUGAUCGAUUAUGAUGUGAGCAAAAUGCCUAUCUUGGUAGCCAACGUCUUGAACGGCCCGGAUUCAACCGUCGACUCGAGCUGGCAGGGUGUGAUCCAGCGAGCUUCAUCUGCGGGCAAAACAGUUCUCGGCUAUGUGCGCACCGGAUACCUGGGCGUGAGUGACCAGAUCUUCCAGACGCGGCUGGGCUCGGGCAAUCUGGCAGAUUGGACCGCUCAGAUUGAGGAAGACGUUGAUAGGUGGUACAAGCUGUAUGGCGACAGCAUUGGCGGCAUCUUCUUCGAUGAGGGCUGGCCCGAAUGCGGCGUCAACAAUGAAUACGUGGACUUGUACAAGUAUAUCAACGCCUACACAAAGCGUGCUCACCCCGGCGCGUACACUGUCUUGAACCCUGGGUCGCCGAUGGCGUCUUGCUUCGAAGAUACCAUGGACACCCUCCUUACCUUCGAGCAGAGCUACGACUCUUACAUUAACAGCUACACUCCUAACGACUGGACUCCCAACGAUCCACGGAAGCUAUGGCACACUGUGUACAACGUGUCCGAGUCUUCGGUUAGUGAAGUCGUCAAACUAGCCAAAGAGCGCGGGGCGGGCUUCUUGCAUCUCACCGACGACAGGUUGCCCAAUCCAUACGAUACUCUACCCGCAGACUCGUACAUCCAAUGUAUGAUGGAUGGAGUUGACGGCGGCUCGCUGUCAAACGCGGAUGCAGCCGCUUGGGAACUGGACGGCGCUGCGGGAGCGGUGACUGAUUUGACGGUGGUGGCCUCAGACUACAGUUGGGCGAAGUUGUCUUGGGCCGCGGCCUCGAACGUUCAGGGCUAUCAUGUGUAUGCCGAUGGUAGACUUGUUGUCAGUGUUCCCAGCUCGAUGACCGAAGUGACUAUCGGCAGCCUCGCAUCCGGAACCAGCUACACGAUCUAUGUCAGUGCCGUAGGAGGCGGCGGCAGACUGGGUUCGUCUUCGAACCAGGUCACCGUGGCGACCAAACAAUUACCAGGUGGAAAGACGGUAACAAAUUACAAGUCCUCUCCCCAGGAGAACUCGACCGUCAUUGAGGCUGAUGUCCUGGUGCCUUACUCCUCCGUCCGCCUCUACAUCUGGGAUUCGAUCGAAUGCGACUUCGACGAAGAUCCAGGAUGGGGCGUUAACUUCAACGUGGAUGACUACGUUUGUACCCACUAUAUGGUCGAUGGUUCGACUCUCUACCGCUACGACGGGGUCCUGCCGAAGGGCUCCACCGCGUCCCCGUGGUCGUGGGAGGCGAUCGACACCGUCAAUCUUAACAUCUGGGGCUACACUUAUACGUGGACGCUGCCCCUGGGCGCAUCGACGGUUGACACGACCAAGUUUGUGGUGCAGGCGCAGGGCUACAACCCCAUGAUCAACGUCUUCGAGCCAGACCCGUCCGACUAUGACUGCGAGGGCUCGUCCAUGUGUACCACUCCGGAUCUGUUGAAGUGGUGCGAUCACGCAGUGAGCUAUCUGUUUAGAGACGACGAUCUGAACUAUCAUUCGACUGAGGUUAUUGAAGAUAGCCUCUACAGCACCCAAAGCGGCGACUGCUGGGGCGAUCUGACCCAGGGCUGCGGUGUCUUCAUCCAAGGCCAAAACUGCAGUAUCAGCGGGAACGACAUGUGGAAUGACUACCAGAAUAUCCGCACCAUCGGCGGCUGUAAGAAGUGCGGCUCGUACCAACGGAAAGAUGGGUGUAGGGUGACAAUUGAUUAUGUGUAUCAAUGCGAUAAUCAUCAAGAUCUACCCUGA